AUGGAAGAAUCGCCUCAGAAGCAUCUUCCAAAUGCUCUUUUUGUAUGCUCUCGUUGCAGGAAAUUGUGUAUUGCUACUGAACUUAACUGGAAUGCCGCAUUUCGCAACCACAGACGCCAAACUUUUUCAACCAAAACACCUCGUCGUAUUCAACUUCAUUGUGGGAAAGAUUUUAAGUGGGAGUAUUAUGACCAAUUCCUUGAAGAUAAGGAAAUCUUUCAAAAACGCGAACAAGCAGAUUUUCCUAUUUGUAACAAGUGCGCAAAUUUAAAACUCGAACAGAUAAAUUGCCAAAGAGACUACCUUAAGUACGAAUCUGAUCCAUUAUCAAAAAAUAUGCCAAAUGUAUCGCUUGAUAUAAUAAAACAACUGAAACAUAAAACAGAAAAGCUUAAAAAAGAAAUUCAAGUCUAUAGAGAAGUUUUUGAAUCAUCUUCGGCAGGCUCCGAUGUAAGAAUUGAAACUUUAUCUCCAAGUAUUCCAAGAGAUGAAUCUUUUCGAAGUAAAGCUCCCGAUACAUUGAUGCUACGGCAAAAUCCUAACGAAAAUUUGAAAGUUAAUACCUUCGUUGCAUGUACUACUUUUGUAAUUAGCUCGAAUGGACAUUAUGGAACUAUAAACGAGCUUCGGCUUGGAACGCAAACUCCAACACCGGUUCCAUUAGAAGAAAUAAACUCAGGUUUGAUGCUAUUAUGCCAAAUUCUGAAUUAUUAUUUAUCAAUUACAAAAGCUUACAUAUUUGAAAUCCAUCUCGGGCCAGAAAUGACAUUUAAAAUACACGAUCAUGAGUAUACGCUUACAGCUUUUGAUCUAAAGCAUAAAAAAUCGGUCAAAAGAUUCAAUGAAGCCAUGGACAUAAUAAUGAGCGUAUUCUCCCAUGUUUUUGUAUUCUUUGACUCAGGACAGCCGAGGCCUCCAUUCCUUAUUAAGCCAAAGGACAAAACAAUCGGAGGUGAGUCAUACGAGUACGAGCUGAAGCAUCCAGAGAAAUGGACUUUGGCUAUGAAAUACCUGCUGGCCAACCUGAAGUCGGCCCAAGUUCAGGGACUUAGAUGUUCUUUAAUUCAAUAUCAGAAAUCUCAAAAUCAAAAAUAG